AUGCAAGAACGGAUAUUCUGUUUAGAGAAUCAUACAAGUGAUGAGAAUCAUAUGGGUGAUACAAGUGUAUGCGGCCUGUUUACUAUAUAUGCGCAAAAGCGUUCUACUCCCGUCCGUUUCUACAAAUGGAGCGUCGAAAGAAUUGGUAAAGCAAAUAUGAUUGAAACUAGAGGCUUUCUAUUUAAUUAG